CAGAAGUAGUUUUCCGAAGGGUCAAAGUACAGGAUACUUCCCCUGCGUGUUCUUGAUAUUAGCAAAGAAACUGAUUGCAUAAGUGGCGCUGAAGUGAAAAGAGCGACGCCCACACUAGUUUCACUUCCUCCUCACCACGUUUGGUAAGUGGCUCGGUGACUAGGUGUUUUGAGUUUACUAGGUGGAGAGUGAUUAAGACUCGAUAAGUACGUGGACUAGAGAUCGACAAGACAGCGUGACUCGCGCACCAGGGGGUUAGUGGAUGCCAUGCCCUGUGGGAUGGCCAUGGACAGGAUCUCUGAGGGUCCCACAUCUACAUGCCGGCUACUCACGGUGCACCGGGAGCUACUCGUGCAGCAGCUUAAGAAUACGCAGUGCAUCCUGGACAACCUGCAGGGGAGUGGCUUCUUCUGCACCGAGGAUGCAGAGAUUGUGAUGCGUGCCACCACCAAAACUGACCGGGUGCGGAGAAUUCUGGAGCUGAUUCAGAGUAAAGGGGAGGAAGCCUGCGAGUAUCUUUUAUACAUUCUGCACAAGGUCUGCGAUACAUAUGUAGAGCUACAUCCUUGGCUGAAGGAGAUCCAGUAUGAGCCCUCUACCUCAAUCCAGAAAAUGCCAGUGGUCAAUACUGAUCCAAUUAGUAAAUACUGUGAGAAGCUGCGUCAUGAACUGGGACGCGACACCCGCUUCAUUGUUUCCUACUCUCAGAAAGAAGAGACUCUGCUGGAGGAUUUUUACACAGACACCCUGAUGGAGCUCCUUAGUGAGAGGAACGAAAGCCUUGGUUACCUGAAUGGCCUGGAGCAGCUCUUGGACAACACUGGAGUGUUCAACCCACAUGCCGAGACCAAUUUAAUCACAGGAGAUGCUGGAGUGGGCAAGUCCAUUUUACUUCAGAAGCUCCAGAACCUAUGGUCCAAGAGGGAGUUGAACACUGGGGCCAAGUUCCUCUUCAAGUUUCGCUGUAGGAUGUUUGGUUCAUUCAAAGAAACGGACAGGAUUUCAUUGAAAGACCUUCUCUUUAAGUAUAACUGCUACCCAGACAGUGAUCCAGAUGAGGAAGUCUUCAGCUAUAUCCAAAAGUUCCCCAACACAGUGCUUUUCACUUUUGAUGGCUAUGAUGAGAUCCACAGUGCUUUUAACCUGAGGAACAUACCUGAGGUGGUGUGCCCAGAAGAAAAGGUCCACCCGCUUCUCCUACUGAUGAACCUUCUUAGUGGGAAGUUACUCAAGGGAUCCCAGAAAAUCAUGACUGCCAGGACCGGGACUGAGAUUGAGAGCCGAGUGUUGAGGAAAAAAGUGUUCCUGAAAGGUUUCUCCCCAGAGCACCUACGGCAAUACACAGCACUGCACUUCCAAGAGAGGCAAUACCGAGACCUGGUGACUUUGCAGCUGGAUGCCAGCCCUCAUCUCUGCAGUCUGUGCUCCAUUCCCCUCUUUUGCUGGAUUAUAUUCAAAAGCUUUAAGUACUUCCAUGCCAAGUAUGACAACUUUGAACUGCCUGACAAUGGUGUCACACUUACCAAGGUCUUCCUGCUUUUGCUGGAGGUCUUUUUGAGCCGUUCGUCCAGCCCUGGCUUGCUACAGCGGAGCACUCGGUGCACAGCAGAGACAUUCAAGGCUGGUUGUCGCACUCUGGUGGCAUUUUCUAAGCUAGCUCUCCUUGGGAUGCGGAAAAACAGCUUUGUUUUCAGCCAUGAAGAAGUUGCAUUCUGUGGAAUCGGCCAAGACGACCUGCAUAUGGGCUUCCUUAGGCCAGUUAAUCACUAUGAUGCCUGUGGAAGCGUGGCUAUGUAUGAGUUCCUUCACAUGACUCUACAGUCCUUCAUGGCUGCCUUUUGCCUUGUGCUAGAUGAGAGCAUCCACUCUGGAGGAAUCCUAGAGUUCUUCUCUGAGUGCGAGUACCAGAAAGUUUCCAGGAUCCCAUGCAUCUCUUGUCUGCAGAGCAACCGGCCCCGUGGCACGGACCCAUUCCAGGUCAACGAUCACCUACAGUUCACUAAUCUCUUCCUCUGUGGGCUGCUCUCCAAGCCCAAUGUGGCCCUGCUGGAGCAACUGCUGCUUCCAGGUUCCCUGAAUAAAAGGCGGGGUAUCCUCAAGUCCUACCUCUCCCAAACUGUGAAAUUGCACUUGAGGGGCCUCCCACGGCACACCACUGACACUGAAGGCAGUAAGGUACAUGUGAUGCCCAACUUCCUGUGGGCAUUGCGCUGCAUUUUUGAGCUGGCCAGUGAUGAUGUAGCCAAAUUGGCAGCCAGGGGCAUCUCGGCCAACUACAUCAAGCUGGCAUACUGCAAUAUGUUCUCGGCCGACUGUAGCGCCCUCAACUUUGUGCUGCACCACCAUCACAAAUGCCUUGGAGUGGACAUGGACAACAAUAACAUCAGUGACUAUGGAGUGAAGCAGCUUCGGCCAUCCUUCUGUAAAAUGACUGCAGUAAGAUUGUGUGUCAACCAGAUAACAGACAACAGCCUAGAAGUACUGGCAGAAGAGCUGGUAAAGUACAAAGUGGUUAAGGUUCUGGGUCUUUACAAGAAUCAGAUCACUGAUGUGGGAGCUAAACUGGUUGCUCAGAUCAUUGAGGAGUGUCCUCAUCUCAGAAUAGUCAAACUCGGUGGCAACAAGAUCACGAGUGUCGGGGGAAAGUACUUGGCCAAAGCCAUUCAAAAGAGCAAGUCCAUCUUUGAUGUUGGGAUGUGGGGCAACUCCAUUGGGGACGAGGGGGCUGAAGCAUUUGCACAGGCUCUGAGGAACCACCCGAGUCUGACAAACCUCAGCCUCUCUGCCAAUGGCAUAACCUCGAAGGGGGGAAGGAGCCUGGCCGCUGCACUCAAGGAGAACACAUCCGUUCACAUCUUUUGGCUGGUCCAGAAUGAGCUCACAGAUGAUGUGGCACCAGACCUGGCGGAAGCUGUGCUGGUCAAUACUGGAUUAACUCACCUUUGGUUAAUUGACAACCAUCUGACAGUGCAAGGAGCACAGCAUCUAGCUGAGGCUCUAUCUCACAACACCACCCUGAAAGAGAUCUGUAUGAAGGGAAACCUAGUCUCAGAGAACGAGCAGCAGCAGUUUGUGGAGGAGAAAAGGCUGCGCUUCAGCUGAUUGUGUGACAAGUACAGGGCUGUGGAAGUGCAUUCAUGCAGGUGGACUGUGGACUGGAUGGGACAGCAAGGGUUCAAGAGCUGGGACACACACUAACAUCAAUUUGUACACACCGAGAGGAUGCUGUGUAAGAGCAACACACUUUUUAAUAUUGAAUGUAUUUGUACAAUACUCUCAUUUAUUGCUUCAGUAUUUGUUAUAGUGCAUUGUCAGAAUGCUCUUCAACUGUAAGCUGUUAAGGACAAAAGUAGAUGCAAAUACAUAAAUGUAAAUAGACACAGAUGUUUUGUUGUAAUGUGAAAAACAUUUUUUCAAUGUAUAAUAGCACUAAAAGUGACUUUUAACUGGUGUUCCUUUUGAUUAACAGUUUUAUAAAGAAUAAUUGUAUAUUAUCAUUUUAAAAUAUAGUAA